AUGUCUCUGUCACGUAGUCCGUCCCCAGUCCCCGGCGGCGGCUGGGCAAGUCCGGGUCUCAACAUCGCGAGCGGCCGAUCGAGUCCGACGAGAGCAUACCCGGGAUCGAGCGGCACACCAGCCAUGUGGGAAUCAUCCAGGUUAAAGAAGGGCAGCGGCCCUGGGUACCCUGCCUUUUCGACCAAGAACCAGAGCUUUUUCGGCCGACACAUGCGUCGUAUCUCGAGCAGCUUGCCGCGCUUCGGUUCGAAUACAUACUAUGCCGAUAAGGACAAGCCGGGGCGGGGCAGGUGGUCGGUUCACAACGUGCCCCUACUAGGGCGGGUUAGAGGGAUCAUGGCUCGCAUGGGCAGAAAGAUGAAAAUCAGACUGCUGAUCUUGCUCAUGUUCGUACUCUCCAUCAUCAUAUUCUACAACAGUCCAUUGGUAUACCAUUGGCGGAGAUCAACCUGGUUUGGAGGCGGCCAAAAGUACGUCAUAAUACUUGGGGCUAAUGUCGGGGGCGGUGUGAUGGACUGGAAGGGUGCGCGAGAAUGGGCGAUCGAACGAGACUCGGUGCGGAACAAGAAGAAAUACGCUGCUCGUUGGGGGUACGAGCUCGAGAUCGUCGAUAUGAGCACCAAGAAGCGGUAUGCUCACGAAUGGCGGGAGAGCUGGGAGAAGGUCGAUUUCGUCCGCACAGCCAUGAGGAAAUACCCAAAGGCAGAGUGGUUUUGGUGGCUCGACCUCAACACGUUUGUCAUGGAGCCCUCCUACUCCCUCCAGGACCACAUCUUCAACAACAUUGAGAAACAUGUCUACCGAGACAUCAACGAAUACAACCCCCUCAACAUCUCACACCCCUUUACCGACCCCUACCUCGAUGCCGAGUCGCAAAGCCCAAUAGGCGACGGGAAGUCCGGUUCGGUCAACCUCAUGCUGUCGCAGGAUUGCUCCGGCUUUAACCUGGGCUCCUUCUUUGUCCGCCGAAGCGCGUGGGCCGACCGACUGCUAGACGUCUGGUGGGACCCGGUGGCCUACGAGCAGAAACACAUGGAGUGGGCGCACAAGGAGCAAGACGCGCUGGAACAGCUGUACAUCUCGCAGCCGUGGGUCCGGAAGCACACUGCCUUCCUUCCGCAGCGCAUGAUUAACAGCUUCCCCACCGGGGCUUGCUCUGACAACGGAAACGACACGCGGAUCCACUACGAUCAAAAGGACCGGGACUUCCUCGUCAACAUGGCCGGCUGCGAGUGGGGACGGGACUGCUGGGGAGAAAUGUACAACUUCCGGGAGCUCAGCUACUACCUAAACCGCAACCCGUGGGAGCUGUUCAAGGAGGACUUGGUGGCCGUCCUCUGGUUCAAGAUUACGGGACAGAAGGUGAAGCUUUAG